AUGAAUGCAAUUUUCCAACCAAUGCUGCGGAAAUUUGUGAUAGUUUUCUUCGACGACAUUUUGGUGUACAGCCCGUCGAUGGAGGCCCAUGAAGAACACUUAGCGGCGGUCCUGUCAGUGCUGCACAAUAACAGUUUCUUCGUUAAACUAUCGAAAUGCUUCUUCUGUAGCACGACGGUAGAUUACUUGGGCCACUUGAUCAGUGACGGCUUACUGAAGGCCGACCCGACCAAAAUUGAAGCAAUGACGGCUUGGCCGCAACCGAAGACCGUCAAGCAGCUCCGGGGAUUUUUGGGCUUAACAGGGUACUAUCGUCGGUUUAUCGCGGGAUACGCUAUGAUUGCUGCCCCAUUGACGGAGUUGCUUAAAAAGGAUGGUUUCGAGUGGACACCGAGGCCGGGACAAGUUUUCUAG